CGGAGCCGGCCGAGCGGGGCCCAAUGGCGGGCUGAGGCCGGAGCCUGCGUCCCUCGCUGGCGCUCCACCCCCUGCCGUUACUCUGAGAGGAGGAGCCGCCGCCGCCGCCUGCCUUGGCCAGCCAUCCCAACGAGUGGGCCAGCGAGCGGCUGCCAGUCAGUGCGCGGUGAGGUUGCCUUUCUCGAUCCCAGGAGACGCCAGCAUGUGCGGCAUCUUUGCUUACCUCAACUAUCAUGUGCCCCGGACAAGACGGGAGAUCCUGGAGACCCUUAUUAAGGGACUCCAGAGACUAGAAUACAGAGGAUAUGAUUCUGCUGGAGUUGGAAUUGAUGGGGGUAAUGAUAAAGACUGGGAGGCAAAUGCCUGCAAAAUUGCACUCAUCAAGAAGAAGGGGAAAGUGAAGGCUUUGGAUGAAGAAGUGAACAAACAGCAAGAUAUAGACCUGGACAUUGAAUUUGAUGUACAUCUUGGAAUUGCCCAUACUCGAUGGGCCACCCAUGGGGAACCCAACCCAGUGAACAGCCAUCCUCAGCGCUCAGAUAAAAAUAAUGAAUUUAUUGUUAUUCACAAUGGAAUUAUCACAAACUACAAAGACCUGAAAAAAUUCCUGGAAAGCAAAGGGUAUGAUUUUGAGUCUGAAACUGAUACAGAAACAAUUGCUAAGCUUGUCAAGUACAUGUAUGACAACCGCGAAAACGAUGAUAUCAGUUUCACCACUUUGGUAGAAAGAGUCAUCCAGCAACUGGAAGGGGCAUUUGCUCUUGUAUUCAAAAGCGUUCACUAUCCAGGUCAAGCCGUGGGUACCAGAAGGGGAAGUCCCUUGCUCAUUGGAGUGCGAAGCGAGCACAAGCUUUCUACUGACCACAUUCCAGUCCUGUACAGAACAGCCGCACAAUUUGUAGACCAUAUUUUUGACGGAGUAUCCAUAAAACUGGAGGAAGGAAAGGACAAGAAAGGAAGUUGCAGCCUCUCCCGUGUUGACAGCACCACCUGCCUUUUUCCUGUUGAAGAGAAAGCCGUGGAGUACUACUUCGCAUCGGAUGCCAGUGCAGUGAUUGAACACACCAACAGAGUGAUUUUUCUAGAAGAUGAUGAUGUGGCAGCUGUUGUGGACGGCCGUCUCUCCAUCCAUCGAAUCAAGCGCACAGCUGGCGAUCAUCCUGGCCGUGCUGUUCAGACUCUACAGAUGGAGCUCCAGCAAAUCAUGAAGGGUAACUUCAGUUCAUUUAUGCAGAAGGAGAUUUUUGAGCAGCCAGAAUCUGUUGUUAACACCAUGAGAGGAAGAGUCAACUUUGAUGACUACACUGUAAAUCUUGGGGGCUUGAAAGAUCACAUUAAGGAGAUUCAGAGAUGUCGACGACUGAUCCUUAUUGCUUGUGGGACAAGUUACCAUGCCGGAGUCGCAACACGUCAAGUGCUGGAAGAACUGACUGAAUUGCCUGUCAUGGUAGAACUAGCCAGUGACUUUUUGGACAGAAACACUCCAGUCUUUAGAGAUGAUGUUUGCUUUUUCAUCAGCCAGUCAGCAGGUGAGACAGCAGACACCUUGAUGGCCCUUCGGUACUGCAAGGAAAGAGGAGCUCUUACUGUAGGAAUCACAAACACUGUUGGUAGCUCCAUAUCCCGGGAGACAGACUGCGGAGUGCAUAUCAAUGCUGGACCAGAGAUUGGUGUUGCAAGCACAAAGGCCUACACGAGCCAGUUUGUUUCACUAGUAAUGUUCGCUCUCAUGAUGUGCGAUGACAGAAUUUCUAUGCAAGAAAGACGGAAAGAAAUAAUGCGAGGCCUCAAGCUGUUGCCAGACUUGAUUAAAGAAGUGCUGAGCAUGGAUGAUGAGAUCCAGAAACUGGCCACAGAGCUUUACCACCAGAAGUCUGUCCUUAUUAUGGGUCGUGGCUAUCACUAUGCAACAUGCCUGGAAGGCGCUCUGAAAAUCAAAGAGAUCACAUAUAUGCAUUCAGAAGGUAUUCUGGCUGGCGAGCUGAAACAUGGCCCCCUUGCGCUGGUAGACAAGCUGAUGCCUGUAAUCAUGAUCAUCAUGAGGGACAACACGUAUGCCAAGUGCCAGAAUGCUUUGCAGCAGGUUAUUGCACGGCAGGGGCGACCUGUUGUGAUUUGUGGCAAGGAAGAUACUGAGACCAUCAAAAGCAACAAGCGAACAAUCAAAGUCCCUCACUCUGUGGACUGUCUUCAGGGGAUCCUGAGCGUUAUUCCUUUACAGCUUCUGGCAUUCCACCUUGCAGUCCUCAGGGGCUAUGAUGUUGACUUUCCAAGAAAUCUGGCAAAAUCAGUUACAGUUGAAUAGAAUACCUCUCACCCGUUAAGGAUUUCGGCAGAGGUCAGCGAGAGACUGUUUUUUGUUUUUUCAUUCCGAAGGACGUUGAUUUUAAAAGACCCCUUGAUUAGAUCUUGUUCUCUUUGUACAAUAAUCUUUAAUUCUGUUGCGUUUGUGACAGUUGAAAGUUGAAUCUGUAGCUAUGCCAAUGGCACCGUUGAAUGGUAUUCCAAAGUAGAGUUUUUGCAAACGAAAACAAGCUUGCUGAAAUUGUUCAGACCUCCCCAAUGAGUGAGAAAUUGCAUUGCUGUUGCAUUCACUGUAGUACUGUCAGAAGUAGCUGUAGAAGUCUCAGGUGCAGAUACUGAGACACUCAGACAUUGUGCUCGCUGUCACCCUGUGGGACUGACUGACUGAAAGGGCGACUCAUUGUUAUGGACUCCUGCACUCUCAGGCUUCCAGCAAUAAAGAUUCAUGCAGCUUGCCAAGAGAAGCACAGUGGCUUUGAUCCUUCACGAAUGGAUUCUUUCAGACAUCCUGGUUCUAUGUGGUUUCACUGUACAUUGACUGCAAAUGAGACCCGCUGCAGGGGACUGAAGUACUCUGUGUCUUCAAAGAGGGAGCUUUCCCUGAGUAUUCCUACAGAGUCUUGGCCGAGGGCUAAUUCCUGCAUUUGUUUUUGUUGUGGCAGAGUCUCCACAAGGUGCUUGCCUUAGUCAUUGUAAGAUGGGGAGACGAAUCAGAAUAUUCCACUCUAUACUAACCUUUGGCUUUUAAGGAGCAUCUCUCACAACAAGGACAUCAUCUGCAUUCAGAAGAAAUAUUAGCAGCACAGUGGCUUUUGCCAUGUGUUAAGGAAGCAUUGAAAUUGUGCCAAAUGUACCUACUAGAAGAAGGAAGGUAGCAGGGCUCUAGGGGAUCUGAGCUUCAACUUUUGUGCAAGGACAGAGUUGGCGGCGGAGUUUGCUGGUCAGAAAUUGCGGACAGAGCAGAAGGAAUCUGCCAUGUAAUGUGUCUUGCAACACAGUGAUGCCUUGUUCUUUGAUUGUGGGAAGUUGUCAAGCAAACUGUAUCGGUCCACAUGGAAGAAAUCUGGUUUUGGUAGAGAAGUUAUUGCAAACAUUUUGUAUCCACCCUCCUUUACAGCUCUCUGCUGCUUUAUUUUCUGAAGUCUGUAAAUGUAUUCCAGUGUUGGAUUCCCAGAAUCAGAACACACACCCAUUACUCAACCUGGGUCAGCAGUGGCGCAGGACAGCCUGCUGCCUUCCAUCAGUCUGUGAAGAAGGAAGGGGUAUUUACAGGGGCCUCACGAAAUUGGGAUGUGGUAGUGGUUUUUUGAAACUUUUCCCCAUACAAAAAUUACUUCUUUUUUUGAUGGAUUCGAAGAGAGCCCAUUGUGUUUGCCAUUUGAAAGGAAAAAGACAACAGGAUUAGACUCACUUCUCUGUUGUCCUUCUGCCCAGACUGGCAGCAAGCAAACAUUACCAGGCAAGUAGGUUUACAGAGAGCACCAGGUGACCCCAUGUUCCCUACAUGAUCAAAUCAGUUGAGACUGUGUAGUGACUAAGAGAAGCUUGAAGAACAAGGGUGAGGGAAUCCCGUUCUAACCCCAUUAACUUGCAGGAGAGGUGCCCAGCAGUUACGUUUAAUGUGAAUUAGUUUCUGGUGUGCUGCUAUGUAUAGUUUUUUUCUCUGUAAGACAAAAGGAAUCUGCAAAGUUUAAGUGAUGUUGGACAUCCCAACUGGUCAAAGAAUGGUAGGUGAAAGGUAUGUACUCCCUUCGUUUUUCCAAAAGUGAAAAAACACUUGGGCUUCAGAUACUUUUAAUCCAAUAAGUGGGAAACAAGUUAGUAUUGCCCUGGAAAGAGAAUGGAUGCACAGUCUUCUAGUUACUGCUGAUAUCUGUAUAGCAGAUAAAAGGUAAAAGAUAUUUCAUAGAGAUAUUUCAAAAGAUAUGUCAUAGAGCCUCAGGAGGGAGAGAGAGAAAGAAAGAGAAAUGCAAUAUAGUAGGACCAAAGAUGACCUAUAGGAAAAAAAACAGCUGCAGCAGGGCUGCAAUUGCUUAAGAUUUAUGCAGACACGACAAACCUGGGCUCUCCGAAGGACUAGAUUACACCUUCCUUGGCAUCUACACAGUGCUAUCUGUGACUUGAUGUAUGCUGACUUUCCAUUGGUUAGGGAAACCUCAUAAGUUUCAUUGUCAAAACGGUGGUGAGGCCAAGUGGAGGAGGAAGGUUGUGAACACUGUCCCUUUGGGCUACUGUUUUCCCUGUUGUAACUGAAGAUUCAAGAAAGGGCAAACUGUCCAGAAAUGAGACAAGAAUUGCCAAAUAAGAAAAAAUGUUCUAAAACUUCCUUACCAGGACCAUUGUGUGGGCCCUUCUUCCCCACUUUGUACAAUAAUGGGGAGCAGCCCUCAAGUAUUGUGUCUCCUGCAGGGUGCAUUAAUGGGAAUCUGUCUAAUCAAGGAUGACAGGGUGAGGUCCACGCUGCAUCUUUGUGGACAUUUCAACAACACUCAGCCUUCAUUGCAUUCGCCAGAAAUGAAACAUUGCCUGUCUUUCAGUUAAAUAUUAAAAAUGCAGUUGAAUGCGGGAUUGCCGCAUGUAAUUUCCAGAUUGUCAAGUCAUAUCGCGAAUGUCUGGCAUCUAAGGUCGAAAGUGCUGGAGUUUAUUCUUUGUGAAUCGUCAUUUGAUACACUGUUGAACAUCCUGUGGACAGCCUAAGCAAGGAGAUAGAGCCUACUGUGUCAGUAGUGCUACCAGUUUAAUCAUAAGCCUCUUCCUACGUCUGGAGUCUACACUGAAUGCCUGUCUAGAAUGGGAAGCACAACUAGGCUACCAUCUUGGAGAAGCCAUGCUGCAGGCAAACCCAAUGGGAGAGGCUUCUUUUUGGAUGCAUAAAGGAGAAGGCAUCGCUCUGCAUCUGUGAAAAUGUAUUAGAGACAUCUCAGUUCAAGAUAUACAGUUCAGUCCUCAGAGGGACAAACAUGGUUAAGUUACGUUUUAUAUAGAAGAAAGUAAUGCUAGAGGAAGGAACUGAGAAGUUGAAAGCCGCUGAUCUUCCCUGGCAUCCUUUCUCCAUCCUUGUUCUGUACGCUGCAGACACAGGAGUCUUAAAGUCUGUGACAUGGUGAAUUCAAGGAACUUGACAGUUCACCAAAGCUUGGGCACGAGUGCAUAUUUUUGUGGCAAUGGCUCAACCCUUUGUGGGAUACCCGUGGCCUCCUGUUUUGCUCCUGAUGAAUACAACUGGCAUACCUGAUUACUGGCUCUUGUUUGAAGAUGUUGAAUAAAGAUGCUAGGUGUAAAACUGGAACAGAUUGGCAAAUGUUAGGGGGGUGGGCUUCUCUGUCUGUUCUCCUGAAUAAAAAUAUGGCUUGUCUGGGUUUGUGGGACCAUUGUGUACUUGUUUUGUGCUGUUUACGCCACACAGUUUUAACUUUGUCAGUAGAUGUCUGUUGAUUAUAUUUUUGUUUCUCGGCUUAUCUUUUUUUUUUGUAUCUUGCCCUUUGAAUAAAAAGACAUGUCCAGCUUAACCUUGA